CCAGCAGGGCAAAAUAAUCCGACCGUUGAGGCCGCUGCCGCUGCCUCUGCCUCUCCAAGAGCCUUUAAACCUCCAAAAUCUGCGAUCCGGAUCUUUCCCCAAUUCCAAACCCGCCCUGCCCCGCCCGGCCGCUCCUCCCCCUGCGCCCCCCUCCGCUCCUCCGCUCCGCGGACGGCCAGCCAUGGCGAUCUCCACCGAUUCGCGCAGCGAGGAGAAGCCUUCGCAGCAUUCUCAGGUGGAGAAGCGGUGGGUGUUGUCUGACUUUGACGUUGGGAAGGCACUUGGGAGGGGCAAGUUUGGCCAUGUCUACUUGGCCAGAGAAAAGAGGAGUAGUCAUAUUGUGGCUUUGAAAGUUCUUUUCAAGAGCCAACUAAAACAAUCCCAGGUGGAGCAUCAGUUACGGCGCGAAGUGGAGAUACAGAGUCACCUUAGACACCCCAAUAUUCUUCGCCUAUAUGGGUAUUUUUAUGAUCAGACCCGUGUUUACCUAAUCUUGGAACAUGCCGCAAAAGGAGAGCUGUACAAGGAGUUGCAGAGAUGCAAGCAUUUUUCUGAAAGACGCUCGGCAACUUACAUUGCAUCAUUGGCCCGUGCCCUCAUCUAUCUUCACGGGAAGCACGUGAUACAUCGAGAUAUUAAACCGGAAAACCUUUUAGUUGGAGUACAGGGAGAGCUGAAGAUUGCAGACUUUGGCUGGUCUGUUCAUACCUUCAACCGAAGAAGGACAAUGUGUGGGACUUUAGAUUAUCUGCCUCCUGAAAUGGUGGAGAAGACAGAGCACGAUUACCAUGUAGACAUAUGGAGCUUGGGCAUCCUAUGUUAUGAAUUCCUUUAUGGGCUCCCACCUUUUGAAGCCAAAGAACACUCCGAGACAUAUCGAAGGAUAGUAAAAGUGGACCUGAAGUUCCCGUUGAAACCGUUUGUGUCUCCUGCUGCGAAGGACCUCAUCUCACAGAUGCUGGUGAAGAAUUCAGCGCAUCGCCUGCCCCUCCAUAAGGUUCUGGAGCACCCCUGGAUCGUCCAAAACGCCGACCCCUCAGGCGUGUACAGGGGGUAGAGCUUGUCUCGCCUGCUCCUGUGCCUUGAUCCAGGGCUCUGAGUUAACUCAAUUGUUGUCAUAUCUGGCUUUCGUUAGCCGUGCCUGUACUACCUACCACCACUGUUGCUCCUGCAGCUGCGUCGAUAAUGUUCAUUGAAGCUUCAGCUUUACUCGAUGAAGAUUUGGAGCCAACAUGUAGCAGCUGUCUCAAGUGUGUGUUGUGAAUGUUUAUGUUGUGUAGGGGGUGUGUGUAUCCUACUCUGUGUAUCUCUUGUUGGACAACUAUUUGGUCUAUAUAUUGGAGGUUCCCGCAGUUCGUAUCCA